GUGAGUCCAUGAAGGCAGCAGCGGGAGGGAAUGUCGGAAGGUGUUUAUCGUCUUCCUGUAGGGUUAGGGUUAGAGACGGUCCGAAGUUGUUUCUGUGCCUCUGCUGGAGCGCGAAGAUGUCCAGGAAAACAUCGAAACUUUCUCAACUCUAACAUGAAGGUUUAAAAUGGUAAACGCCACCCAGCCGAGCCCGCGUCGCACGGAGCAGAAAGAUGGCUAUCGCCCACGUGGCUACAGAGUACGUGUUCAGUGACUUCCUGCUGAAGGAUCCAAACCCAGCUCGCUACAAGAGCAUCCGGACGGAGCUGGCCGUGGACAAGAUGGUGACCUGUGUGGCGGUCGGACUGCCCCUCCUCCUCAUCUCACUCGCCUUCGCUCAGGAAGUCUCCGUAGGAAGUCAGAUCAGCUGUUUUGCUCCCUCCAGCUUCUCCUGGAAGCAGGCUGCUUAUGUGGACUCCUACUGCUGGGCUGCUGUUCACACACACACCCUGCCUCUGUGGCUGCAUAAGUUCUUCCCCUACAUCCUGCUGCUAGUGGCGGUUCUGAUGUACACCCCAGCCUUGUUCUGGAGGUUCGUCGCGGCUCCGCUGCUGCAGUCGGACCUGGCCUUUAUCAUGGAGGAGUUGGACCGCUGCUACAACCGCGCCGUCACUCUGGCUAAACGCUUAGCCGGCUCUGGACCUCUCAACUCAGACAGCGAUCCCACCGACGGCUGCUUCAACUACCCACUGGUGGAGAAGUUCCUGAUGACCAAGCGCUGCUCGCGGUCGCUGCUGCUGUUCUACCUGCUGUGCCGUGGCCUGACGCUGGUCACCCUGCUGUGUGCCUGCCUCUACCUCGGGUACUACCUCCAACUGGCCUCCAUCACGGAUGACUUCGGCUGCCGACUUCGCAUCGGACUCCUGGUGAAUGACAGCACCGUCCCAGACAAGGUGCAGUGCAAGCUCAUCGCCGUGGGCGUCUUCUCUCUGCUCAGCCUCGUAAACUUGAUCGUCUUCAUCGCUCUGAUCCCCGCUGUUAUCUAUGCCAGUCUCCGCCCCCUGUUCUGCCAAGGAUACACCAGCUUCCUGGAAACCUACCAAUCACUUCCCACCGUGAGCAUCCUGCCCAAGCCUGACAGCCAAUGGGACGACCUUUCCAUGUACCUGCUCUACCUGGAGGAGAACAUCAGCGAACUCAAGUCAUACAAAUACAUGAAGGUGUUGGAGAUGCUGAGGAAACGAGGUGAAUGCUCUGGAGAAAAUGUCAACACCCUGGACCUGCUGAUGACUCUCGGCCUGGUGAAGAUGGAUAACGUGGAUGGGAAAAAAGCCACGGUGAAACCGGAUCACGUAGAAAUAAACACUGCAGACGCCGACCUUGGAGCCAAAAACAACCUGGGACGUUCCAGCUCGACCUCAGGGAACGACGCUAAGCUGGAAACGGAGAUGCAAGAAUUCAGUCCAUUACUGUCAGGAAGCAGUGAUGUCACGGGCAGCAGAGCUGGUGAGGGCGGGGCUCUCCGUCAGCGAGCGAUGUGACUGGCUGAAAGGAAGCUGUUGAUGGGGGGGGUUGGGACUAGGGUUGGGAUUAUUUUAUGAUUGUGAAACACUCUACAGCUCCGCCCCUCGUGGAUCUGCAGCGCCCUCAUCCCUCACACACCAAACACCAGACGUGCUUCAGGGCUCCACAUGCAUGUUGUCAUGAUCUACAGGCGUGUAUGUUUCUGGCCGGCCGUGGCGUUUCGCUGUUGCCUGGAGGAGAAUCGGAUCCAGAACAUCUGGUUUAGUUAUGUUCAUGUUUGCUGAAGACUUCUGCUUAAUAGUCCAGCUGCUUUAGUCUGAUAAGUAAGAUGUUCACCAUGUUGGACACAUUCUCAUAAACUGACAGUUUUGCUCUAAAAAUCCAUUUCUGGAGGAAAAUCCUUCAGAUUUGGUCCUUUUUGAAUUUCUUAACUUCACACGAGUCAUUUUGUUCUCAGGGUUGGAGCGUUUCGUGUGUUUUUGGUACGUCGGGUCUUUUCUUCUCUGAUCCUGCUGUGGGAAGAGCUGCCGUCGUUUUUUACGUGUCUGAUUUUUAGGAUGAUUGAAAAUGUGAAUCUGUUUUGGUUUCCAGGAUAAACUGCUGUAAACGUGAUGUUUGGUGCCUGUUUGAGCUUGUGAAAAUAAAUAAUGUGUGUGCGUGCGCGUUUACCUGA